UUCUCUGUUCUUUCAGAUGGCUCGCUGUAUGCUCGCCGCUACCGCCCUCCUGGCAGCCGCUCUGCACGCCUCCGGCCUCUACACAGACUCAGCCGCCCACCCAGGUGUGCCGGCGGACUCUGAGCUGUUCAGCCGAGUGGGUGACAACGGCACAAACCUGUCUGCGCGAUCCCUCUCCCGGAGGAGGCGCUUCUUCGCACCGCUGCCGGCCGGCGCCACAUUCAUCCUGACGCCAAAGUUCACCAUGCCGCUGCCCGGACUCGUCUCUGCUGGCUCGAUGCUGAACGUGGAGGUCCCGCUGAGUUUCGCGCUGCCGACGGCCUCAGCGGACCCGGCGCGCUACAAGACCACUGACGGGGAGGAGGGAGACGACUCGUACACCUACUACAGACGCAGCCUGGACGACGACAAGGCCAGCAUGUACUCGUACGCCGAGACCUUCAUCUCGCAGUUCGGUCUGGACGGCAAGAUGUGCGUGCUGCGGACCAUCUGCGAGGUGGCCGAGACCCCGGUGCAGGACGCCGGCCUCAUGGGGGAGAUCUUCAACACUGUGCUCAGGACAACGAUGGAGCCGACCGAGGGAGAGCGGAUGCAGGAGUACAAGAAGGCAGAGGAGCGCGGCAGGGCGGUGGGACGCUGCGACGAGUACUACUCGGCCUGCCCCGUCAGUGUGUUUCAGCUCGUCUGAUCACACGGCCUCUGCCUUUAGACGCUCUCCGAUGUAAUAAGUUUGUUUUUACCAUGACGACAUUUUUCUUACAAUGCGUUCCUUUCUCUAUAGUCUGUAGUGCUUGAAUCCUGAAGGUGAUGAGCGUGAAAUAUGACAAAUGUACAAGCUGCGAAUUAGGUGUCGACAUGAAGUGCUGCAGUCAUGUUGACGAACAUUGAACAAGUCAGCAUGUUGUGUUACUUAUAUACGACAGUGGAUUUCAUAGAGGCAUAUAUGCGUCAGCGUGUGUUGCUAGUUCGCACUCAAGAGAGAACAAUACUUGCUAGAAGUAGCAUCCCUUACAAAGUACCCAUCGAACUGUUUAUUUCAGAGCCUAUUGAUUAAGAAUUCACUCGAUGGCAUCCUCAGAAAAAGAGCAGAUGUUCAAUAGCUCAUAAAUUGAUGUGGAUCAUGCAACCACCUACUGAGUUAAUCAAAUGUUAUAUGCAUGUUUCGAUAUCCGUAUAUAGUUAAGUCUGACAAAAUGUCCGUGCUUUCAUGGUGGAAUAUUGUGAUGUUUCUGUUAUCGUUGCAUACCUAUAGAACGUUAUGUGUUGUUUUACAAGACGGCCUAGAGGAUACAUGGCUGUUUUCAUUCGGUCAUGCAUUUACGAGUUUAACUUAUGAUUAACUCGCUGAUAGAAAUGUUUUAAAAUGUGCAUGUCUACACAUUCCCUGUUUGUACAAUAGACAUUUUCGUCGGUAAAA